AGCCUUUGCGGUGCAACUUGCCGUACUUUUGCGGGUGGAGUCACAACCAGAAUCUAACAUUUGUUUUCCCAUAACGUCUGUAGUGCUAUGUUUCAUUAUUAUUUUUUUAAGGAUCGAAGAUGGAUGCCUAUCGUGAACUCGAGGGGCUCUUCAAGAAGCUCUACAACUUUAAUCACCUCCUCUGCCUCGGUUUCUGGGAUGGUCGAACGAUGAUGCCGCCCAAAGGUGCCGCCGCCCGCGGAGAGGCAAUGGCGGAGUUGCAGCGGCUCGUGCAUGACCUUCUCGCCGCGCCUCGUACGCGAGAGCUGCUGGACACUGUUCAGCAACACCUCAGUGAGCUGAGCACGGUGGAGCAGGCGAAUGUCCGAGAGAUGGAGCUGCAAUACACGCGUGAGGCCGCUCUGCCGGCAGAUUUCGUGCAGCGGAAGGUGCGGGCGGUGACGGCCGCACGGGCUGCGUGGCCGGCCUGCAAGCGAGAUAACGACUUCGCCGCCUUUCUGCCGCACAUGGAGCAGACCGUGGGGAUUGCACGCGAAGAGGCGCAGCACCGUUCCGCGGCAUCGGGAGAAGGUUUGUACGAGUCCCUCUUUCACAUGUACGAGCCUGGCAUGUCGAUGGAAACCUUAACGUGUGCCUUCGAGGACGUCAAGACGUGGCUGCCCGGACUCUUGCGGGAGGUGCUUGACAACGACAAGGACGCGGUGUCUUCGAUUAUUCCCAUGCAGGCGCCUCUUCACUUUGAUCGGCAGAUGUUGCUAGCGAAGCACUUUAUGCGUAUUUGGGGCUUCGACUUUGAGGCGGGUCGAUUGGACCUCACGGUGCACCCCUUCACCGGUAUGGUGAAGGAGGACAGCCGCAUCACCAUGAGCUUCAACGAGGAGAGCUACAAGCAGUGUGUGUUCGCGACGAUCCACGAGACGGGUCAUUCCAAGUACGAGACGAGCUGCGGCCCGAUCGAGCUGCGCGGCCAGCCCGUGUGCGAAGGGCGGUCCAUGACGGUGCAUGAGAGUCAAUCACGCUUUGCGGAGGUGGUGAUUGGGUGCUCGUCCGCCUUCGCCGAGCUUGCAACGCCGCUUCUUCGGGAGCACCUCGGCGACCAGCCUGCUUUCACGGUGGAGAACGUGCGCAAGCUGAAUCAACAGGUCACACGUGGACACAUCCGCGUGAAAGCCGACGAGCUCAGCUACUCAUUGCACAUUCUCGCUCGUUACGAGAUCGAGCGGGAUUUGAUUGAAGGCACGAUGGAGGCGGCCGACGUGCCGCGCGUGUGGAACGACAACAUGAAGGAGUACCUGGGCCUGGAGACGCUGGGCCGCGACGACAUCGGCUGCCUGCAGGACAUCCACUGGUCACAGGCGUACUUCGGCUACUUCCCGACGUACGCGCUGGGGUCGAUGUUUGCGGUGCAGCUCAUGGCCACCAUAAAGAAGCAGCUGGGCGAUGAUGUGGUGCAGGAGUGCAUCCGUACCGGAAAGAUGGAGCCCAUUUUUACCCUUCAGAAGGAGCUGAUCUGGGACAAGGGCUGCCUGUACGAGACGGAGGAUCUUCUGCGGAGGGCGACGGGUGAGCGGCUCCGCACGACGCACUUCAAGGAGCACCUGGAGCGGCGCUACCUGCGCCACGAGGACUGA